CUUCCUCACAAUCACAAGCGCAAGGAGAAGAUAAUAAUCGCAUCCACAGUAUCUGUCAUCACAACCAUCGCUCUACUGCUCCCCAGUUAGCCACUGUGCCAAUCUCGUGUUCCCCGUCGAAAAACCCACCGCCGUUCGCUACUUCGAGUAGUCUGUGUCUCGGUCAACGGAGACGGAGAUUUCGAGGUUAUACAAGCUGAAACGUAUCGGGCACCGAUGGCCUUGCCUCCUGGUAUGGAUAUGCCGAUCAUGCACGACAGCGAUCGCUACGACUUUGUUCGAGAUAUCGGCUCCGGUAAUUUCGGUAUCGCCCGAUUGAUGACGGAUAAGCAGACCAAAGAGCUUGUUGCGGUCAAGUAUAUUGAGCGAGGCGACAGGAUAGAUGAAAAUAUUCAGAGAGAAAUUAUCAAUCACAGGUCUUUGAGGCAUCCAAACAUUGUCAGAUUUAGAGAGGUGAUUUUAACACCCACCCAUCUCGCUAUUGUGAUGGAGUACGCAUCUGGAGGAGAGUUAUUUGAACGCAUAUCUAAUGCAGGACGAUUCAGCGAGGAUGAGGCUCGUUUCUUUUUUCAACAACUUAUAUCUGGAGUGAGCUACUGUCAUUCAAUGCAAAUAUGUCAUCGGGACUUGAAGCUAGAAAACACACUGUUGGAUGGAAGCCCAGCUCCUAGGUUGAAGAUAUGUGAUUUUGGGUAUUCCAAGUCUUCUUUGCUGCAUUCACAACCAAAAUCUACAGUGGGAACUCCUGCAUAUAUUGCUCCGGAGGUGUUGCAUAGAAAAGAAUAUGAUGGGAAGCUUGCAGAUGUUUGGUCGUGUGGAGUUACAUUAUACGUAAUGCUGGUUGGUGCUUAUCCAUUUGAAGAUCCUGAGAACCCUAAGGAUUUUCGUAAGACAAUACAGAGAGUCAUAAAUGUUCAAUACUCCAUUCCUGAAACUGUCAUGAUUUCUGAGGAAUGCCGCCAUCUAAUUUCGAGAAUCUUUGUGGCUGAUCCUGCACAACGCAUCAGUAUGCUUGAAAUCAGGAACCAUCCGUGGUUUCUCAAGAACCUCCCAGCAGAUCUGAUGGACGAAACAACCCAAUUCCAAGAGCUGGACCAGCCCAUGCAGAGCUUGGAAACCAUAAUGCAGAUAAUCUCCGAGGCCACUAUACAUCCAGUUGGUUCAUACAACCUAGACAUGAUGGAUGACGAUGACAUGGAUGACCUGGAUUCUGAUCCUGAUCUUGAUAUUGACAGCAGUGGGGAAGUGAUUUAUGCCAUGUGAUUGCUACUUCAAAGAUCGCUAUUUCAAAGAUCCUGAUCUUCAGUUCAUAGGGUGAAUGCAAGCAAUGGUUUGCUAUUUGUGGUUGGUAAGAUAUUCACUGGUCAUGUACUUCCUUUGUUGCAUCAGGUCGCUCUCCUAUCAUAUCGGUUACAUAAUUACUGUUGGAUCGGUUUAAUUAUUCUUAUUUCUUAUUUUGUAUAUGUAGUUGUGUUUGUACAUUGUGUUGUUCCUGUAUCAUUGUAUAUUAGGAUUUGCGAAAAAGUGGGGACCGAACUGAAUAUAUGAAGUGAGUGUGGUUUGUGUCAA